UAUACCAGAUGCACCAACUAACCAUCAUUUUAUAAUAAUAGGCCUAUUGAUGAUCACAUUUUACAAUUCAAAUCGUUUCCGGCAGUUUUGAGCUUGUCUUCAAUGUGUUUAAGUUGUUGCUCUUAUUCAUUGUAGGUGCGUUGGUGCUGUUUUUUCCUGCGGAGUUGUCACCAUGUCUCGCUUUAAUGAAACUAAAGAUUUCGGGGAUGCAGCCUCGUUCCUACGUCUCACCAAUUUGGAGGCUUUGGCAGCCAGGACCCUGGCUUUUGAUGGUACUAAACGAGUCUGGAUCCCGAAUGAAAAGGAGGCUUACAUCGAGGUGGAAGUCAAAGAACUGGAUGGUGACAAAGCCACUGUGGAGACCAAAGAUGGAAGGACUUUGGUUGUGAAAGAGGAUGACAUUCAGCAGACAAACCCUCCGAAGUUUGACAUGAUUGAGGACAUGGCCAUGCUGACUAACCUCAAUGAAGCCUCUGUGCUUUUCAAUCUCACCAGGCGCUACAGUAUGUGGAUGAUCUAUACCUACUCUGGGUUGUUCUGUGUGACAAUCAACCCAUAUAAGUAUCUUCCUGUCUAUUCGUCUGAUGUGAUCGCUGCCUACAAAGGCAAGAGGCGCAAUGAGACCCCGCCCCAUAUCUACGCCAUCGCUGACAACGCCUACAAUGAUAUGUUGCGCAAUUGUGAGAAUCAAUCCAUGCUCAUCACCGGAGAAUCCGGUGCUGGCAAAACAGUCAACACGAAACGUGUAAUUCAGUAUUUUGCCAUUGUAGCAGCCCUGGGUGAUGCAGCCAAGACAGGAGGUACCUUAGAGGACCAGAUCAUUGCGGCUAACCCCGCCAUGGAGGCUUUUGGUAAUGCCAAAACACUGAGGAACGACAACUCCUCCCGUUUUGGCAAGUUCAUCAGGAUCCACUUCGGUCCUACAGGGAAACUGGCCUCUGCUGAUAUUGACAUAUAUCUUCUGGAGAAGUCCAGAGUAGUCUUUCAGCAGCCUGAAGAGAGGAGCUACCAUAUCUACUACCAGAUUUUAUCUCACAAGAAACCAGAGCUUCAAGACCUUUUGUUGAUUUCCACCAAUCCCUUCGACUACCACUUCUGCUCCCAGGGUGUGACAAAAGUGGAGAACAUGAAUGACGAAGAGGAAUUGUUGGCCACAGAUCAUGCUAUGGACAGUCUGGGCUUUACUCCUGAGGAGAAGUAUGGCUGCUAUAAAAUAGUGGGGGCCAUCAUGCACUUUGGCAACAUGAAGUUCAAGACGGUUCAGAGAGAGGAGCAAGCAGAAGCUGACGGCACUGAAAGUGCUGACAAAGCCUCCUACCUGAUGGGGAUCAGUUCAGCUGACCUCAUCAAAGGACUGCUGCACCCUCGGGUCAAAGUAGGGAACGAGUACAUCAUUAAGGGCCAGACUGUUGAGCAGGUGAACUAUUCAGUUGGUGCUCUAGCCAAAUCCACCUACGAUCGCAUGUUCAAGUGGAUGGUGGGCCGGAUUAACAACAACCUCUACACGGCACUGCCUCGGCAGUUCUUCAUCGGUGUGCUGGACAUUGCAGGGUUUGAGAUCUUCGCGUUCAACAACUUUGAGCAGCUGUGUAUCAACUUUACCAAUGAGAAACUGCAACAGUAUUUCAACCACCACAUGUUCAUCCUGGAGCAGGAGGAGUAUAAGAGGGAGGGUAUUGACUGGACCUUUAUAGACUUUGGCCUGGAUCUACAAGCCUGUAUCAACCUCAUAGAGAAGUCCAUGGGCAUACUGUCCAUCCUGGAGGAAGAAUGCAUGUUUCCAAAGGCCACUGAUGUCAGCUUUAAGACCAAGCUGUAUGACAACCACGUGGGCAAGUCUCCCAACUUCCUCAAGCCGCGGCUUGACAAGAAACGCAAAUAUGAGACCCACUUUGAGCUGGUGCACUAUGCAGGAGUGGUACCAUACAACAUCAGUGGAUGGCUGGACAAAAAUAAAGAUCCCUUAAAUGAGACAAUAGUCACCUGCUUCCAGAAGUCAUCUAAUACACUGUUGGCAAGCCUCUUUGAGAACUUCAUCAGUAGUGAUGCAGCUGCUGAUCCAAAGACCGAGGCCAGAGGAAAGAGGAAGAAAGGGGUCUCCUUCCAGACUGUGUCACAGCUUCACAAGGAAAAUCUGAACAAACUGAUGGCCAACCUACGCAGCACCCAGCCUCACUUUGUGCGAUGCAUUAUCCCCAAUGAGUCAAAGACUCCAGGGGGCUUGGACCCAUUCCAGGUCCUCCACCAGUUGCGGUGUAACGGAGUACUGGAGGGAAUCCGUAUCUGCAGGAAGGGCUUCCCUAACCGGAUCCUAUAUGCAGAGUUCAAACAGCGCUAUCGUAUCCUGAACCCCGUGGCGAUCCCAGAACACUCCUUUGUGGACAGCAGGAAGGCUGUGGAGAAGCUGCUGGGCUCCCUGGACAUAGACCACACCCAGUACAAGUUUGGAAUCACCAAGGUGUUUUUCAAGGCAGGGCUGCUGGGCCUGCUGGAGGACAUGAGGGAUGAAAGGCUAUCGGAGAUCCUUACCAUGCUGCAGGCUAUGCUGCGGGGCAAACUCAUGAGGAUGGAGAGACGCAAGAUGAUGGACAAGAGAGAGGCUAUAGAGGUGAUCCAGUGGAACAUCCGUGCAUUUGCAGCGGUGAAGAACUGGCCAUGGAUGAUGCUGUUCUUCAAGCUCCGGCCUCUCCUGAGGAGUGCCACGGCCGAGAAGGAGCUGGCCGCCCUCAAGGAGGAGUUUGCCAAGCUGAAGGAGGCGUUUGGCAAGUCAGAGACCAAGCGCAAGGAGGUGGAGGAGAGACAGGUGGCUCUGAUCCAGGAGAAGAACGACCUGGCCCUGCAGCUGCAGGCAGAGCAGGACAACCUGGCGGAUGCAGAAGACCGCUGUGACCUGCUGAUCAAGGCCAAGCUGCAGCUGGAGGCCAAGAUCAAAGAGCUGAUAGAGAGACUGGAAGACGAGGAGGAGAUAAACGCCAGCCUGACUGCCAAGACACGCAAGCUGGAGGACGAGUGUGCAGAGCUGAAGAAGGACAUCGACGACCUGGAGAUCACCCUGGCCAAGGUGGAGAAGGAGAGACAUGGCACGGAGAACAAGUUGAAGAACCUGAUGGAGGAAAUUGGUGUUCUGGAUGAGUCCAUCCUGAGCCUGACCAAGGAGAAGAAGGCUCUGCAGGAGGCCCACCAGCAGGCCCUGACUGACCUGCAGGUCGAGGAGGACAAGGUCAACGUGCUGAACAAGGCCAAGAUCAAGCUGGAGCAGCAAGUGGACGAUUUGGAAGGUUCCUUGGAGCAGGAGAAGAAGGUGCGUAUGGAUCUGGAGCGGAUCAAGCGUAAGCUGGAGGGGGAUCUGAAGCUGUCCAUGGAGUCUGUCAUGGACCUGGAGAAUGACAAGCAGCAGCUGGAGGAGAAACUCAAGAAAAGAGACUUUGAAAUGAGUCAGUUCAGUUCGAAGGUAGAAGAUGAGCAAGCCCUAGUCAUUCAACUCCAAAAGAAAAUAAAGGAAUUGCAAACUCGUAUCGAGGAAGUGGAGCAGGAGUUGGAGGCGGAGAGGCUGUGGAGGACCAAGGCAGAAAAGCAGCGUGGCGACGUGUCCCGGGAGCUGGAGGAACUGAGUGAGAGGCUGGAGGAGGCAGGCGGGGCCUCGGCCGCCCAGAUCGCCAUGAACAAGAAGCGCGAGCAGGACUUCCUGAAGAUGCGGAGAGACUUGGAGGAGGCGGGGCUUCACCACGAGGCCACAGCGGCCGCCCUGAGGAGGAAGCACGCUGACAGCGUGGCAGAGCUGGGCGGGCAGAUUGAUAUGCUACAGCACGUCAAACAGAAGCUGGAGAAGGAGAAGGCGGAGUACAGGAUGGAAGCAGAGGACCUGGCUUCUAACCUGGAGCGCCUCUCCAAGUCCAAGGAUACCACAGAGAAGAUGUGUCAUCUGUAUGAGGAUCAGAUGAACGAGGCCCGGGCCAAAGUAGAGGAGCUCCAGAGACAACUGACUGACAUCAGCAACCAGAGAGCCUGCGCUGUCACUGAGAGCUCUGAGUACAGUCGUAGGCUGGAGGAGCGGGAGGCUAUGGUCAGUCAGCUGCAGCGCACCAAGAUCUCCUUCAGCCAGAACACUGAGGAACUGAAAAAACAGCUGGAGGAGGAGAACAAGGCUAAGAAUGCCCUGGCCCAUGCCCUCCAGUCUUCCAGACAUGACUGUGACCUGCUUAGGGAGCAGUAUGAGCAGGAGCAGGAGGCCAAAUCUGAGCUGCAGCAGGCCCUAGUCAAGGCCAAUGCUGAGGUGGCUCAGUGGAGGACCAAGUAUGAGAUCGAUGCCAUCCAGAGGACUGAGGAGCUGGAGGAAGCAAAGAAGAAGCUGGCGGUGCGUCUGCAGAACACUGAAGAGGCAGUGGAGACAUCUCAUGCUAAAUGCUCCUCUCUGGAGAAAACCAAGCACCGUCUGCAGACCGAAAUCGAAGACCUGAUGGUGGACCUGGAGCGCUCCAAAGCUGCUGCCCUUGCCCUGGACAAGAGACAACGCAACUUUGACAAGGUGCUGUCAGAGUGGAGGCAGAAGUAUGAGGAUUGCCAGUCGGAGCUGGAGAGCUCUCAGAAGGAGUCUCACAGCCUGAGCACUGAACUCUUCAAGUUGAAGAACUCCUACGAGGAGGCCAUAGACCACCUGGAGACACUCAAACGGGAAAGCAAGAACCUGCAAGAGGAGAUAGCUGACCUAGCUGACCAGAUCAGCCAGGGUGGGAAGACCAUCCACGAGCUGGAGAGGAUGAAGAAGGUUCUGGGUGUCGAGAAGAGUGACAUCAAGGCUGCUCUGGAGGAAGCUGAGGGCACCCUUGAGCAUGAGGAGAGCAAGACCCUACGUGUCCAACUGGAGCUGAACCAGUUCAAGACUGAGGUCGACAGGAAGAUAGCCGGAAAGGAUGAGGAAAUUGACAGCCUCCGCCGGAACCACCAGCGCUCCCUGGAGUCCCUGCAGACAACCCUGGAGACCGAGGCAAGGUCCAGGAACGAGGCAGUACGGCUGAAGAAAAAGAUGGAGGGAGACAUGAACGAGAUGGAGGUCCAGCUGAACCAUGCCAACCGCCAUGCUGCCGAGUCCCAGAGACUACUGCACCACCUGCAGGGCCAGAUUAAGGACCUGCAGUUGGAGCUGGACGGCCGCAUCCACCAGAAUGAGGAGCUGAAGGAGCAGUGGGGCCUGACAGAGCGCAGGAACAACCUGCUGGUGGCUGAGGUGCAGGAGCUAUGCACCGCGGUGGAGCAGACUGACCACGGACGCAAGAUGGCCGAACAUGAACUGCUGGAGGCCACUGAGAGAGUCAACCUGCUGCAUGCCCAGAACACAAGCCUGAUCAACCAUAAGAAAAAGAUGGAGAGUGACCUGUCCAUGCUGGCUGGGGAGGUGGAUGAGGCAGGACAGGAGUGCCGUAAUGCAGAGGAAAAAGCCAAGAAGGCGAUCACAGAUGCGGCCAUGAUGGCAGAGGAGCUGAAGAAGGAGCAGGACACCAGCUCUCACCUGGAGAGGAUGAAGAAGAAUAUGGAGCAGACCAUCAAGGACCUGCAGCUCCGGCUGGAUGAGGCAGAGCAGAUCGCCCUCAAAGGAGGGAAGAAACAGAUCCAGAAGCUGGAGAUCAGGAUGAGGGAUCUGGAGAGUGAGCUGUUGUGUGAGCAGAAGAAGAGUGAAGCGUUUCAGAAGGGAGUACGCAAAUAUGAGAGGAGGGUCAAGGAGCUCUCCUACCAGGCUGAGGAGGACAGGAAGAACCUGCUGAGAAUGCAGGAACUCAUUGACAAGCUGCAGGCUAAAGUCAAGAGCUACAAGAGGCUGGCUGAGGAGGCGGAGGAGCAGGUGAACUGUAAUGUCACGAAGUACAGGAAGAUGGUUCAUGAACUGGACAAUGCAGAGGAGAGGGCAGACAUGGCGGAGACUCAGGUCAACAAACUGCGCGUGACUGUGCGCACCCGGGACCCAGGGCCAGCCAAGAUUGCAGAAUGAAAUGGAAGCUUGGUAGUGUUCCUGUACGAAACUCUAUCAGAUGACUGCAAUGUGUGUUAAAGGUCCAACGCAGCCGUUCUCUCAAUAUCAAAUCCUUACUGUGUUUGUUUUCAAUUCAAAUGGUCAGAAAGACACAGAAGUUUGGAACUCCUUAUUGGUCUAUUAACUACUUUACCGCUUGGUGAUAUCACCAGGCAGGCCAAAACUCAUCCGACCAAAACAGGCUGUAAUUUCAGGUGGCCUUUUCAAACAGCUCCUACACUAAAAGGGACAUUAUCACAAUUUCACAGUAUUAUUCCAAUCGCAGUGUGGAAAUAUAUUUAAAAACUUGACUGCACUGGGCCUUUAAGUGUGUUUUGACUAGUGUGUGUUCAAAUAGCAAAAAUGUGUGAUAGACCAACACAAGCCAAUGCCUUGUUAAAAGCUGAAAUACUAAAAUGUCCUUUAACAUGACUGUUCACUGUCAACAAUAAUACAUUGUAUAACCUACAUCCAUGUAAUGUAGUGCGUAAAAGCACUUAAAUAAAGAGACAAGACAUAUUCAAAA